GGUAUUAGUUGUGAAGGAGUGACACUAAAAAGUCUAUAAAAUAAAUACGUAUGAUUAUUUCAAACUACGUGAAACAUCUGGAAAAGCCAAAGGGUGAGGUGUGAGGUUGUGUUCAGAGGUUGGCUGACCUUACAGUCUUUUACCAUGACAAGAUCAGGCGCUUUCAAACUCAGCAUUGUCUUCUUUCUCACCUUAAUCCUGUGUCUACCAGAGUUUUUUCCAGAAAUAUCUCAAAUUAAGUUUAUCUGUGAGCUGUUUGACCCUUGCACUCCUGAAAAAGAUGCACAGGUGUGUACACCAGAUGACCCUCCAUGUGCGACAGAAAAGAUAAAUGGCAGCAGUCAACACACACAUGAAGACUGGUAUCUGUGUAAGACUGAAAUAGAUCUGCAGCUUCUCUACAACAAUACCUCAGAGUCAGGAAUGGAUGUGAAAGUGGUACUGGCAAUGAAGUCAGGCAAUCUCUCUGGGUGGAACAUUAGUGUGUUUGCUUUUCUCAACAACACUGAUCUGUACACUGGACCCCAAAACGACCAGAGACUCUUCUCCUGCUACCUCCCACCAGACGACAGCAAAUGUCCAGAUCUGAACAUAACUCUGCAUGAAAACACCAGCACUCCAACACAAGACACCUCGAUUUUGAAAACCAUUACUCCUGCAAACCCAGCCACCUCUUCGCCCAAAACAACUACACUAUCUUUCCAAGCAACAGCUUCUACAGAUGAGCUGAAGUGCCAACCGAACAGCAGCAGUUUCCUCUUUUACUACCAACAGCAAAAUGAAACAGCAAGAUCAGCUGCAUUAUCAGCGACAAAAACAAGAAAAGCUGGCCGCUGGUGUGUGAUCACGUCGGUGUGGUUUGCUCUGGUACUGACUGUGGUUGUGGUGACACUAGUGAGUGUGGGCAGUCUGAUCUUCAAGAGCAGAAAACAGAGAAAGUCCCAUUUGGCCACAUCUGUGCCUGAUCCAGCCAGUGGACAUCAGUUCAAAGAGCUCAGGAAACAAAAAGGAAAUUUAAUGAGAGAUGCCCCUGAUGUGUCCAUAGCAAUAUGCAGCAUAAGUGAUGGUGGUGUUUUCUCUCAGAUCUCUUCGGUGGAGAACAGAACAAACGAACACCUUCUGAAGGUAGAUGACAUCAACAAGAGAAGAUUGUCGCCAAUCUAUGAGAUUACAGAUUCCUCAUUAGAUGAAGAAGAGAAAAAUGAAGAUGAGGAAGAGGGGCACUGUAACGUCUCAAUAACAAAGGAAGAGUUUAAAAACUCAAACCAGCUCCAACAUCAGGGCAACUGUGAACCACCUACUUAUCUGCAUCAUCGAAGCUUUUCUUGUUCCUGUCAUGAAGACGAUGUGGAGCUUUAACUAUUUAAAUCUAAGAGAAACAGCAGAGGCACUUUAUUAAAUAGAUGUAUUUAUUUACAAAACGACAGGGACCAGUUAACUUGAGC